UUUCCUCCGGGAUGUAAACUGUAUCAAAAUAAGAAGCUGCUACAGUGUAGAAAUGCUCAACUUUACGAAAGACCGGGACUUGACGAGCGCUGGGAUGUGGAAAUAGUGUAAGUUAUUCUAGCAUGCUUCAACGGAAAGCAAGUUAAGACAAACUGAGUAAAAGUUUCGAGAUUCCCGUGCAGCUUUUUACGAAGAACAAAGAUGAGUAACAAGUCUAUAUUUUUCUCAACAGAGACCUCUCUGGAAAUAAUAUCUCAAGAUUUCAGUUUGGAAAUGGCUACAAAAACGUUAAAUCUAUGUGAGUAAAAUCGAUCUGUGCAACUGACCAGUUGAUGAUGUAAUGAGUACUUGUUUUUUUUUUCUGUAGAGGUGGGCGAAUGUUUGUGUUCUUUCAUUUUGACUCAGCUCUUAUAUACGUAAUGUUCUCACCGUGAAAUGCACUGACAUUUAACGUUACUUUUAACACAACUUCGCAGCCAUUUGGAAAGAAACAACAUCACAACUGUUGCAGAGAAUGAAAUUCUUCAGCUACAACAUUUACUUUUCUUGUAAGUAGAGCGUUCAUGAGUAAACGCAUAGUUUAUAACUAACUGACUUAGUUAAGAGUUUAACUUCAAACUUGCAUUUCGAUUUAGAAGUUGUUUAACAUAUGAAAGUGUUUUAUCAUGAUAUCGUAAUGCACCUAUCAAUGUAAUGCCGGCGGGGGGGGAGGCAGGGCAUGGGGUGGGGAUUUGAUUGUCUUUGUUGUCCCUGGGGUAGGGCAUUUGAUUGAUCUUGUUCUCCCGGGGGAGGGGAUAUUUGAGAUUUGAGUCUUUCUCCGCCCGACAUGGUGAUAUUUGACUGCGGACUCGGACGAAAAAGACUGAUACCGAACAUAUGUUUCCCGCUUCCACGCUUCACCCAUGCGCCAUACUGUUUGAAAAGAUCAGGAAGUCAUGGAGGCCAAUGAGAACAAGCGAAGGCUGAGUGGAUUUCACUGUUUUGUCUUCAAAUUUCGUUUGUUUUUUUUGGUUUGUUUUUAGCGUGUUUUUGAUGAAUUGAACCUCUUAACUAAAUAUACUGUGGUAUCAAAGUAAACGGAAGAGAAACCAAGUCGAUUUUUGCAAGCACAAUUGAUUAGUGUAUGGCUCAUUCGCUACAAUCACUGUAAACUUAUAAAACUGACUUUCUUUUUACCCUUUACUAAGAACGGUAUAUUUAGACUUACAAAAUGUGGACUUUCUCUUAAAGGUUUAUGUAUUCUACGCAGUGUAACACGGAUUACGGUCAAAACGUAUAAUUGCAGCUGUAACAGGAACAUAUAUCUUUAGUGAUGCAGCAACGUUUAUAAAAGAUUGCAGAGUCUUAUUUGGAGAUAUUUUUAUUGUGCCUUUCUUAGGUUCUGCCUUGGGAUUGACAGCAAAGUGCAGCAUGGGGUGGGGAAAUUUGGUUGGAUUUGACUGGAAUGAUUGCCCGUGGGCAGGGAAUUUGAUUACAAAUUUUUGAAAAAAGUCAAAUCCCCACCCUAUGCCCUGCCUCCCCCCCGCCGGCAUUACAUUGAUAGGUGCAUAACACUGCGAAGCUGGUUAAAAACGCGCGACGUAGCUGAAUUUUCCGAACAUUCUUCAUGUUCUUUGGAAUGUCUAAAAUAAAGCGGACAAAGCCAACGAGGUGAUUUGUAAACCUCAUGAAACUCUUUUUAACAUUCAUUUCUCGCCUUUUCUUGGUAAAUGUAGAGUUAAGAGACAGCUAAAGAGUUAAGGCAACAACCACUGUUAUGGAAGUUAAAAUCCUUUUUCACUAGUGAAUUAUUAAUAUUUCAUUGGUUACUUCAAGGUCACAUGACAUCCAAAGUCUCUGAGUUAGAGACUUUGCAAAGGGUAGGAGCUCACCAUUUUCUCGACUGUUGAUCGCUCGCAGCAAUUUACUUGAAAUUUUUAAAAAUAGUAUACCGUAGCAGUUUUUCUUUGUGGGCUUUUUAGCAAAUGAUUUGAUUAUUGGUCUGUGUAGCAGGCGCCAGUUAUCGUUUUGGUUAGUGUUUAUAGAGUAUGAGGUUUAGAAAUGCGAUUUAAAUGACCAAAAAUUAUCUGAUUUAAAUUAUUUUAAGAAUUACUGAUCAUUCGACAAGUUCUAUCAAACACGCAAAGAGUGUCUUCUGUGAAAUUCAAACACCUCGUCGACAUCAGUUGUACAUGUAAGCAGUAUAGGGCGCACCGGCUACUCCUGUUUUUUGAAGUGGAAUCUCAUUAGUUUGAAGUGGAAUAAAUUAACGCCGAUGGCGUCAUAGCCUUUUGUCUCUAUCUCAUGAAUAAAAUACACAGGAAUCUCAUUAAGAUAAGGUCGUGUGCUAGUUUUAGUUGGUUUAGGUUUUCCAGUUACUUUAAGGUCGAUAAAUGUCUUCGUUUUUGAUUGGUUAGUUUAAUUCAUUGUGUCUGAGGAGUAAAGUCAAACUUGUCUGUGACUUAAAAUCACUGAGACGUAACGUAAUUAUGCAAGCCAGUGCUAUUUCCUGCUGCUGUGA